AUGGAUACACUUAAGCUUGGUAAUUCCUUUGUCCCGAAGACCACGCCUGUUCUGACUUCUCGACUUCUCUCACGGUUGAAAGCACUUGAGCUCGUCAACAUUGCACUGCUAUGGUUGACGAUUCCUCAAACGGUACCCAAACCUACGGCAGAACUGCUUGAAUUGAUGGGCCAGUCCAAGCCAGAAUUCAUCUCUGCAUACAAGCAAUGGCUGGAAAAGCUGAAAGUACAGAAGGGCUCCAUAUCGAAGAGAAGGGUUGUGGACAAACUCAUCGUGGACAUAUAUCCCAAGGGUCUAAACCUUCUACAGUUGGCAACCUUGGACUCUCAACUCAUAGUCUCAAAAACCAAUGCAUUCCAAUGGUUCGUCACUACUGUCACAUCACAUGAUGGAGCGAAGCUUGUGACGAAUAUCGAUAGUCCACAGGAUUUCUUACAGUGCCUUGUUGAUACGUUGUCAACGGUGUAUCUCACACAUAUUUACAUCUCCAGGCACCCCCACUAUCCUCUGAUCAUCAUUCGCAUACAGCUAUUUGACUUCAAAGGGCUUAGUAAUACCAGUGAUGGGCUCUCCACAAGAAAACCGAUCUUUGUCGGAAUACCAAUGAACAGUGAUAAAUUACUCAUCAAUGAAGCAAAGGGCAUCAACGACACGGCAGCUGAAUUUGUCGUACAGUCCUUGGAAAGUGCGCUAUCCAAGAGCUUGAGGAAAGAGGUCAAGUUACAAUUCAAUGAGACUUUGAGACCCUUACAAAAUUUGGAGAGUGCGUUCAUUAUCGCUGGUAAUUCAAGGCAUACUGAAUCUUUGGGUCCUUGGGCUCCUUAUGCUGCUGGUGAAGUUGAUAUUUCACCCUUUGAUGAUGUUAAGCUACAUAGUACGUUCAAGAAAAAUGAGCAUCUGACACAGCUGGAUGUCAACAAGAGAAUCUCCAUGAUGAGAUUCAAAGGAAGUCAUAAUCAAAAUAAGGGAAAGUCCUACGAAGGAGGUAAGAAGAGAUUAAAGAAGAAUGACGAAACUGUGGAAUCGCAACAUGAUGACUAUGAUGAAGAUGGUGAUGAGCACUGUAACGAGUAUUCAAGCAUCGUCCCAAUACAAAGCAUUGAAUUUGACUUGAUAGAGGAGUUCAAAGGCUCCAAACCAAGGGUCAAACUAACCUUCCAAGGCUCAGACGUGUUUGGUGGGUUACAUCAGCUCUGUGAUAAAGGUUUGGCAAACGCUGAAACGAUUCCAGGCUGGUUAACAGGGGAAACUAUAACCAGUGGUACAAUAAGUGAUGGUCGGUUUACAAACCAAUUGCAGCUACCAAGUAACGACGGAUCGUUGAUAUAA